AUGAUGAACGAUGCGCCGCGCAACGCUGCAUUUGAGGCUGGGAUUCGCAGCGCCAUAUCCGCCGCUCGCCGGCCCGACGGGGCUUGCCGCGUCGUGGACCUUGGUUGCGGCGCGGGUCUGUUGUCGCUGUUGGCGCUUCGCGCAGGUGCCACAGAAGUGCUUGGAGUGGAUCACUCGCCACACCUGGCACGAUGUGCACGGCGGGUGUUGUCCCAGGAGGAGAAGGUAUCCGUGUUGUGUGGCGACAUUCGCAUGGUUUCCUUCGAGGAAGAGGACCGGUUUGAUGUGGUCGUGGCAGAGCUCCUGGAUGCUGGCGGCCUUGGUGAGAAGAUCGUUCCCUUCAUGCGCCAUGCGAAAAGCAGGCUGCUCCGGGAGGGCGGCCGCUUGGUGCCACGUGGCCUCCGCAUCCGCGCCUGCCUCCUGGAGGCCCGGCUGCCAAGCGCAAGUCCAAGCGGCAAAGCCGGCAAAGCCGGGGAGCCUGGGGAGCCUGGGGAGCCCGUGGAGCUCUCGGCUUUCGAGCCCUUUUGGUUGCCGGCACGAGCUGCUCGAAGCGAGUGGCUGGGUAUUGACCUGGAUGCUGGCUGCGAGUGGGUUGCGGCCUCGGAGGCGGUGGAAGUUUUUUCGCUGAACUUCCUGGGCUCCCAUGCGGACCUAAUCGAGGCGCUCCAGGAACGCGACCUCCGAUUUCCACUGUCCGGGCACCACAAAGUCAACGCUGUGGCCUGGUGGUUCGAAGCGGAUUUGGGAAGUGGCGAAGAAGGAGCCUGUGACCUCACCAGCGCCCCAAGCCGCUUCCGCCCCUCACAAUGCAGCGCCACACAUUGGGUCCAGGCCUUGGCAGGCAUCGGGCCCUACGACGUUCCGGACGGCGCCUCCGAGUUCAAACUUCGCAUUCGCACAGACGGGGUGACUUUGACCUGGACUCCUCUGGCAUUCGACAGCGCCACGGUGCCUGAUGCGCCUGAGCGCAGCGAAGAAGUCGCUGCCUGGAGCGCGAAGGUGGCCGAGGCUUCACGACAGCUCCAAGAUAUGGAGAACCGCUUGGACCGCGUUGGCGAUGUAGCCCGAGUGCAGGCGCUGCAGUCAGCGGCCCUUUCCCUGGCAGCGCAGCCGGGUCUCUUUGGACUAGAGGCAGGGCCGUGGCUGCACAACAGCUCUCGGCCAUCAGAGACCUCGUUGCUCCGUUGUGGUGGCAAGGCAACUCCUGAUGUGGUGGCCCGAUUGCUGAAAGGUGCCGACAGUAACGAAAGUCCACGCCUCAAGUGCUUGCUUUCAAGAGGGGUCUGGGGUUCGACGCUGGAGGCUGCCUGCCGCCAAUCUCCUUUCGACAUCUUUCGAAGCAGUACCACCCGCUGGGCUGAGGAGGAGGUGAAGUCCGAAGCUGGUGCCUGGCGCGAUGGGGUCUGCAAGUACCUCUCCAAGCCUUCGGCUCCCCUGGCAGGUGUUUUUCAUGUGGUGGAUGCCCGGGACUUCGCGCAGAAACUCAGCAUGGAGGUCCCAAGCCACUGCAGACCGGGUGAGGAGGUUCUGAUCAACCGGAGGCUGGAGAGCGUCCUGGCAUCCAAUACUCCAUGGCUUGCGGCUGAUGAUCGCCUCAUCCAGUCCGCGGCCCUAGGUGCCUGCCCAAGACGCUAUGUUCUGGUCGUCGCGGAUUGUGCGCAGCUGAGCCUCGGUGGAUCCCGAAGGUUCCUUCACCAAUUCUACGUGAUGCCGUUUGUUGCUCAACAGCGCCGAGCAUUUCUUCGAGAGAAACUGAUUCGUGAGGUGUCGGCCGCCGCAGCAGCAACAUCUGGCAGUUCUACGCCUGAAAUCAGUGUACUGCUAGCAGAUUCGGAGCAAUUCUACCACAGCUGGGAGUUCUGGAGGCUUUUCUGGUCUUGUUCGGUGGCCUCCGAGUGA